CGUGAGCACAGGUUCGCCCGGUUUUUAAACUGUGACAGCACUUCCACCUUUCCCCUCCGGAGAGAAGCGGUGGGCGUGGCCACGUGAUCUUGUUUUGCUUCUGACAGGUCGGGUGUCCUCGCGCCGCGCCGCCUUGCUCAGUUCCUCGCGGAUAGAACGGGCGAAUUCCCGAAGGCGUCGCGCGGUCCGCAGGUAGAGGUAGCUUUAUAUCACCAAAUGGUUAAAUUAAUUUGCACUUUGGCAGACCACAAAGAUGAUGUCAACUAUUGUGCCUUCUCUUCUUCCUAUUUGGCUACAUGCUCCUUGGACAAAACAGUCCAUCUGUAUUCGUUAAACAAUUUUGGUGAGGUACCUUACUCACCACUGAAAGGCCACACUUACGCUGUCCAUUGCUGUUGCUUCUCUCCUUCGGGACAUAUUUUGGCUUCGUGUUCUACAGAUGGCAACACAAUUUUGUGGAAUACUCAAGAUGGGUUGAAAGUGGCAGUGUUGGAGCAUCCCUGUAGAAACCCUCUAAGAAUUUGUCGAUUUUCCCCUGAUUCUAUGUAUUUAGUUUCAGGAGCAGCUGAUGGAAGUGUAAAUGUGUGGAAUGUUCAGACACUAAAAUUGUAUCGAUCUGGUAGUGUUAAAGAUGGAUCAUUGGUAGCUUGUGCAUUUGCUCCUAAUGGAAAUUUCUUUGUGACGGGAUCAUCCUGUGGAGAUCUAACUUUCUGGGAUGACAAAAUGAUGUGCUUAUAUAAUGAGAAAGCUCAUGAUCUUGGUGUUACCUGCUGUGACUUUUCUUCAAGGCCACAUUCUGAUAAGCAAGAUGCUGAUUAUUUCAGAAUGGCAUCUUCUGGUCAGGAUGGGAUAAGUAAGAUCUGGCUCAUUUCAUCUUCUGAUUCUACAGGAUUUCACCUGAGAUGUAGAUGUACUUUAAGUGGACAUACUGCCCCUGUUCUGGCUUGUGCUUUUUCCUCCAAUGGGCAAGUUUUAGUUACUGGAUCUGUGGACAAAACUGUAAUGAUUUUUGAAACUAACACUGGGAGUAACCUGCACAUUUUGACUCAGCAUACCAGAUAUGUUACAACAUGUGCCUUUGCACCAGAUAUGCCAUUGUUUGCUACUGGUUCGAUGGAUAAAUGUGUCCACAUCUGGCAACUGGAGCCAGAACAACUUUUCACAGGAAGUCCUCUGAUACGGGAAUCAAAGAUUUCUGUUGAUAACUGGACAGAAGAAGAUGUUUCUGUUUGGCUUCAAACACAUAACUUGCAAGACCUAGUUGAGAUUUUUAAAAGAAACAAUAUUGAUGGUAAAGAACUGUUAAAUCUUACAAAAGAGAGCUUGACUGAUGAUUUAAAAAUUGAAUCUUUAGGUCUUCGCAGUAAAGUUUUGCGUAACAUUGAGGAGCUCAGGAAUGAGAUGAAAUCUGCUGCUCUAGAUAUUCCUGAUGAAUUCCUGUGCCCUAUAACCAAAGAACUUAUGAAAGAGCCAGUGAUUGCUGCAGAUGGCUACUCCUAUGAGAAAGAAGCAAUGGAAAAUUGGAUCAUUAAAAAACGGCGUUCUAGUCCAAUGACGAAUCUCCCUCUUCAGAGACUUGUACUUACCCCAAACCGAACCCUAAAAAUGGCUAUUAAUCGUUGGUUGGAAACUCAGCCAAAAUAUAAUGAAAAGCAUGCACCUUAAAGACUGUCAUCUUUUUUCAAAAUUAGAGGAAAUGAAUCUAAAGGCUGAAGUGAUCCUGCACCAGUACUUCACCCUCGUAGUCAGAGUCAUUGCUCGGCUGCAUCGCCUGAAAACACUGCUGCUUUUGUUGCUGCGUUCUCUGAAGCUGUUUGCACUCCUCUUCAACUCGAACUAGCAGUCUCUUGAUUUCUUGGUUUCCAGGGCACAACUUUAUGGCUUCCCGCAGAUCCGAGAGGGCUGCCUGAAAUUGCCUGGAAAAGAGGAAAUCCAAAAAACAAUGAGCUUGGCACAUUCCUCUUUUCACAACCACAACAAGCCACAGUAUAUUUAUUUUGGCAGUUCCUUAUAUAUUUUAUAACCCACUUGUAAAUUCCUUUCAAGCGUAGCACGAUAAGCUCCUGGCCUUAUUUCCCAAAGUAGUUUCAAAAAAAGCAAUCACUUGUCAAAAAUGCCUAUAGCGAUAAAAGAGUUUUCGUGAAAGAAGCUUCUUUUGUGCAAUGGGCUUCCUUCUGAAGGAGAUAAAGGACACUUAGGUACAGUCCAGGAUGGUCCUGAGGAGUCUGGAAAGGCUCCCCUGCAGGACUGUAGUCUUCUCCUUAACAUUGCGUUCCUGUGUACAUUUCAUACUAUGAUAAGUUUAGGAUGUGCUACAAUAUGCAUCUGGAGAGCAAUCAAAAAUGUAAAAUAGUAAAAUGUUUUAUGUUGAUGAAUAGUGUAAAAAUAAAUUUAAUAUAUAAAAUAAAGAUAAGAUAAAUAAC